UUUUCCCUAGUAACCCACAUGGAAACCGAUUUCCCUGUGUUUUGAGUUUCGGCGCCGAUUGAGGCGGUGAGAAAAAGCCAAGGCGCAUAGGAAAGACUGUACUUGUUUUUACCGAUUUUGGUCAUUUUCACACCACAUAUUUGUGCAUACAACGCAACUAUGAAAAUCGAGGAGGUGAAAAGCACGACAAAAACCCAGCGGAUCGCUUCUCACAGUCACGUCAAAGGACUCGGGCUGGAUGAGGCCGGCAAUGCUAAGCAGUCAGCAUGUGGACUGGUCGGCCAGGAAGCUGCAAGAGAGGCUUGUGGCAUCAUUGUUGAGCUGAUCCGCUCAAAAAAGAUGGCAGGAAGGGCAGUUUUACUGGCAGGGCCACCAGGAACUGGCAAGACUGCCCUCGCCUUGGCUGUAGCACAGGAGCUGGGAAACAAAGUACCCUUCUGCCCCAUGGUCGGUAGUGAGGUCUACUCGUCUGAGAUUAAAAAAACUGAAGUGCUGAUGGAGAACUUCAGGAGAGCAAUUGGUCUCCGCAUCAAAGAAACAAAGGAGGUGUAUGAAGGCGAGGUGACAGAGCUGACCCCCUGUGAGACUGAGAAUCCCAUGGGUGGUUACGGAAAAACCAUCAGCCACGUCAUCAUCGGACUGAAGACGGGCAAAGGCACAAAGCAGCUCAAGCUGGAUCCCAGUAUUUACGAGAGUCUCCAGAAAGAGCGCGUGGAAGUUGGAGACGUGAUCUACAUCGAAGCCAACAGCGGAGCCGUCAAGAGACAAGGUCGUUGCGACACCUUUGCGACAGAGUUUGACCUCGAGGCAGAGGAGUACGUUCCACUGCCCAAAGGAGAUGUCCACAAAAAGAAGGAGAUCGUCCAAGAUGUCACUCUACAUGACCUGGAUGUUGCAAACGCCCGACCACAGGGAGGCCAGGACAUUCUCUCCAUGAUGGGACAGCUCAUGAAGCCCAAAAAGACAGAAAUCACAGAUAAGCUCCGUGCUGAGAUCAACAAGGUGGUGAACCGCUACAUAGACCAAGGCGUGGCUGAGCUCGUACCCGGUGUGCUGUUCGUGGACGAGGUGCAUAUGCUGGACAUCGAAUGCUUCACAUACCUCCACCGAGCGCUGGAGAGCACCAUCGCCCCCAUCGUUGUGUUCGCUUCAAACAGGGGCAACUGUCUAAUCAGGGGAACGGAAGACAUCAGCUCCCCACAUGGGAUACCUCUGGACUUGCUGGACAGAGUCAUGAUAAUCCGCACCAUGUUGUACACGCCACAGGAGAUGAAGCAGAUCAUCAAGAUCCGUGCCCAGACUGAGGGGAUCGCCAUCAGCGAGGAAGCUCUCACACACCUAGCAGAGAUCGGCACCAAGACCACCCUCAGAUACGCUGUACAGCUGCUGACACCAGCCAGUCUGCUGGGUCGCGUUCAGGGAAAAGAGACUGUGGAGAGGGAGCAGGUGGAGGAGAUCAAUGAGUUGUUCUACGAUGCAAAGUCUUCAGCCAAAAUCCUCCAAGACCAGCAUCACAAGUUUAUGAAAUAAAACUGGAGCCCCCCCCCCCCCCCACCCCCACCCUUUUUUUCUGUAACAGUUCCCAGGACUGGUGUUCUCCUACGGUUGGUUCACUUUAUUUCUUCAUCCAUGCUUGUUGCAUUUUUCCACCUUUAUUUUCUCCACCAUGGCUCAUUCUAGUGUCCCAGCCUCUGUUACAUUCACUGUAGUUGUUUUGUACUAAUAAAGUUUUAGUCAUUCCAUUUGUUCAUAAACAUAUUUGAAUAAAAAUUAAAAAAAAAAAAAAACAUGUUGCGGCAGUUUUCCUUUUUUAUAUAUAUUUUGUGAUGUUACAUUUUGCACUGAAAACAAAGACAGGGCAGAUUGAAGAGAAGACAUUUGCACAUUUCUGAGACUUUUUAUUGAUUUUAAAGUGUAAACAUUUGAUAAACCAUCGGUUUAGACACACACAGAAAAAUCAGUCUCAAUACACUUAUCUGCCAUAACAUGUUCAUGGUGUUCAUGGUGCUGACUUGGCUUCCAAAUUCCCUCGAUCUCAGUCCAGACGAUCAUUUCUGGGAUUUUCAGUACAAACAACUUCAACCAAUGGAGCCACCGACCUUCAGAGGUGGAGUCCAUGUCUCUCCAGUUGAGGGCAGGCGAUCACAAUGUUAUGGCUGAUCUAUGUAUUGUCCUCACUAAAACUGGGGUACUGCAAGCACGGAAAACUAAUAAUAGAUACAUUAACAAAUCAAAAUGUCAUACAUUUAAACUUGAUUUAUCAGUUAAUUGUUCAAUGUUCAGCACUAUUGUAAAAUGUGCUGUGACCA